AUGAAAUUAAAUUUUCGCGGGUGUGUAACAGCGGGUGUAGUACGCAAUUUAAUGGGAGGAUUCCAUUCUCGGCGCGGCGCCACUUCUGAACUCGGGACUCUCGGUUGGAGCGCCGACUUUCUUCGCCCUGACAUUCGACCGCUCAGCAUCGGUGAUCGGCCUCAGAAAAGCCGUCAGCAUCAGCAAGACCGUCGGCAGGCCGAACAAACAACCACCGGCAUGGACAUCUCGGCGCUUGACCCCAUGCUCCGCAGCAGUAACGGCGGCAGUGGAAGCGGCAACGGCAGCACCAGCACUUCCAGCAACGGCCCAGGCAAUGCGCCAACACCUCCAGCCCCCGUUCAUGGAGCGCUGAGCGCCCAGCCGCCAGCGAGCUCGCUGAACGCACAACACCACCAUGAUAGGCUGCCCCAACUCCAAGCCCAUCAUCCCCAGCAGCAGCAUCAAUUGCGCCCGCAGCAACAGCAAUGGCAACCACCACAUCAUCACCAACCCCAAAUUCCCCACACUAACCAUCCAACAUCGGCAUUCUCCCCACAAACACCUGCAUCAACCGCAACCGUCAACACCUCGUCCACUCCAGCCAAUACCACGGCCCCCAGCUCCAUUGCUGUCAACACCCCUAACAAUUCAUAUCACCACCACAACAGUCCCGGUGAUGAGCACCACUCUCCAGGCGGCGCUGGCGGUGGGCUAGAUCCCAAAAAGCCCCGUGCCUGUGAAUCAUGCAGAGGUCUCAAAGUUCGUUGUGACCCAGACCCGGCUGACCCAGAUGGCCCUUGCAAGAGAUGUGCCAAAGCCAAACGCGAGUGCGUUAUCACCCAGCCCACGAGGAAACGGGCUAAGAAAACGGACUCACGGGUGGCGGAGCUGGAGAAGAAGAUUGAUAUGUUGACUGCUAGUUUGCAGGCCACCAGACCGCAAACUUCUGGCACAUCGACAGGAGGGCUUCACGGGCCAGGUUCAGAUCCCCAGGCUCACCAAGCUGCUCAGGCUCUGGUAUCUUCAGCGGAUUGGAGAGGAACUAGCCAUGAUCAAAGCGGCGGCCGACCUGGUACGGAUUAUGGGAGGUAUGCGGGUGGUGGUGAACGGUAUGGGCAGCAGCAGUCAAUGUCGACAUCUCUGCCUCCGCUGUCGUCGACGAUAUCGUCUUCAACUCCCGCUGUAGCUGGCCAGAAGAGGAAGAUGACACAGGUUACCGGCGAGGAAGAGAGAGCUGCUGUUGCACUGGCUGGAGCAAACUUCAAAAGUGAGGACGGUGCUGCCAAGGUGGCAGAUGUGGUUGAUCGGGGCAUCUUGACCAUGAAUACGGCUGAAGAGUUGUUCAUGAGGUACACACAGCAGAUGUGCUAUCAUCUCCCUGGUGUUGUGUUUCCGGCUGGGGUCACGGUGGGGGAGGUUCGGGCAAACAAGCCCAUCUUGUUUUUAUCACUGAUGGCGGCUGCUUCGUCUGAGAUUCCGUCUUUGCAAAAAACACUGACAAAGGAGCUAAUGCAAGUCUUUGCCGAGAAAAUCAUUGUGGACGGCCACAAGAGCUUGGAGCUUGUACAAGCCUUACAGGUGGCUGUUAUUUGGUACUGGCCGCCAGAUCGAUUUGAGGAGCUCAAGUUUUAUCAACUUGUUCAUGUAGCUGCUGUGAUGGCUAUUGAGAUUGGACUGGGGACCAAGAAGAUGUCGAGAGGUGGGUUUAAACGACACGUCUCUCAGGCUUGGAGAGACCACCCCAUGCGCGGGACACCGCUUGAUCCGACAACACUGGAGGCGAGAAGAGCGUGGUUGACGUGUUAUUUUUUGGCCACGAACACGGCAAUGGCACUUCAUCGGGCGAAUCUGAUUAGGUGGACGCCGUUCAUGGCAGAGUGUAUCGACGUGCUGGAGUCUUCCCCUGAGGCUGUGCCGACUGACAAGUAUUUCUGUCAUUUGGUUUGGACGCACAAGCUUGCCGAGGAGGUCGGGAUUCAGUUUUCCAUGGACGAUCCUUCGUCUACGCCGAAUAUUGCUGAUUCCAGGACCCAAUAUGCGCUGAAGGGAUUUGAAAGGGAGCUGGAGAGAUACAGUGAGAAUAUUCCAAGGGAGUUACAGCAGCCGUCUUUAAAGAUGAGCUUCCACGUUAUCAGCCUCUACAUGCACGAGAUCGCAACCCAUAGCGAUUGUCCUGAUGACUGUAGGCUGGGACCCAACCCAGACACGCCACUGGCCUCGGAUGCCCCUCUCACACAGGCACAUAUCAACGCCCUCUCCGCCUGUCUUACCGCCAUCGACGGCAUCUUUGACACAUUUCUCUCACUUGACGUCCACACGACACGGUGCCUCCCAGUUUUCAAUUUUGUCCGCGUGGCCUAUGCCGUCGUCGUGCUCAUCAAGCUCUACUUCGCCGCCUCCUCCACAAAAAGUGAGCUCGGCAAGGUGAUCAACAAGGACCACAUGAAAGUGGAGCAGCACCUCGACAAACUCCUCGAGAAAUUCCGCGCCACCGCAGCAGAAGACAGAAGUCGACCCGCCGCGAAGUUCCUCCUCGUCCUGGUUAUGCUCCGGUCUUGGUUCCAAAAGCAGAAACAGAACCAAAGCGGCACUGGCUCCAACGGCUCCAACACCGCAAGCGACACCCCCCAAUCCUCUCUCCAAACACCCUCUUACCCAGGCCCGUCAGGGACUGACAGUAAACACCCCAACGUCCCCACUCCAGUCCCCUCCCAAACCCCCCAACCAACCUACCCACCCGUCGCUAGCACCCCCCUUCAACUCUUAUCAGAAAUGGCGGCCGCCUCUGCAAACGGUGCCUCCUCCCGCCCCAAUAAUGAUCAGGGUAUCCUCCCUCCUUCUUCUUCAUCAUCAUCGGGGGCAAUGCAACAAAACUGGGGUAAUUACCCCCCACCUCAACAACAACAACAGCCUGAUACUUCCAAUGCAUUUGAAAUUCCCGGGAUGGGCAACCCGGCCUGGAUGCUGAACAAUACCUUUUUUCCUGGGGACACGUUUGAUUUCCCUGGGUUGGGGGAUGGGUUCGCGCAGGCGAUGGAUAUGACGCUUGGUGGUUUUAUGGACGGGACAUUGACCACGGCGGAGGAUGGGGUUUUGAGGUAUGAGCAGCCGGGGACCGGGGGGCAGCAACAACAGUGGUAUGGAGGGGGGGAUUUGAUGAAUGGUGCUGUUGCUGGGGGGGCGGGGGGAGGAGGAGGUGGGCCGGCGGGAGGGGGGUAUGGCUUUUGA